GUCUCCUUCCUCUUGCCGGCUCGCAGCUCUGCCCUCUCCGCCCCUCCCCAGGGGAGCGUGUCCAGCUCCUCCCGGGGCUGCCCGCCCGCCGCUCCUGCUCUGCCCACCUACUGUGAAGGACAGCUCCUCCCACCUGCCCAUAAAAGCCAAGUGCAUGUUACCAGCAGCGGAUCAGAGCACUCCCCUGGUCCUCUCCGUGGGAGCCCGCGAGCCUCUCGCCCAGAUCUUACGUGCUCAAGAAGCUGUUCUGAAAGUAGAGCAGCAUCUUUUAACCAGACAGAAACCAGCCCCAGGGGUGCCAGCAGAGGGCCCAAGCAAGGACUCUGGGCCUGCACGCCGGAGGCCAGCAAAGUCUACAUGUGAUGGCUAUGCUGCCUGGCCCUCUGCAGCUGCUGGGAGUGCUACUGACCGUUUCCUUAAGCUCCGUCAGUCUCGUUCAAGCUGGUGCUUACUAUGGGAUCAAGCCGAUGCCACCUCAAAUUCCUCCUCAGAUGCCACCGCAAAUUCCACAAUACCAGCCCCUGGGCCAGCAAGUACCUCACAUGCCACUGGGCAAAGAUGGCCUUGCCAUGGGCAAGGAGCUGCCCCACAUGCAGUAUGGCAAAGAGUAUCCACACCUACCCCAGUAUAUGAAGGAGGUCCAGCCAGUUCCAAGAAUGGGCAAGGAAGUGGCACCCAAAAAAGGCAAAGUAGAAAUACCACUGGCGAGUUUACGAGGGGAACAAGGUCCCCGUGGAGAGCCUGGCCCAAGAGGACCACCUGGGCCCCCUGGAUUGCCAGGUCAUGGGAUACCUGGAAGCAAAGGAAAGCCAGGGCCACAGGGGUAUCCAGGAGUUGGAAAGCCAGGUAUGCCUGGAAUGCCAGGGAAGCCAGGAGCUAUGGGAAUGCCUGGGGCAAAAGGAGAAAUCGGACCCAAAGGGGAAAUUGGGCCCAUGGGGAUCCCAGGACCACAAGGACCUCCGGGGCCUCAUGGACUUCCUGGCAUUGGGAAGCCGGGUGGGCCAGGGUUACCAGGACAGCCAGGAGCAAAAGGUGAUCGAGGACCCAAAGGACCACCAGGACCUCCAGGCCUUCAGGGUCCUAAAGGAGAGAAGGGCUUUGGGAUGCCCGGCUUGCCAGGCCUGAAGGGUCCUCCAGGGAUGCACGGCCCUCCUGGUCCUGUUGGACUACCAGGAGUGGGAAAACCAGGAGUGACAGGCUUCCCUGGCCCUCAGGGUCCUCUAGGAAAACCAGGGCCUCCAGGAGAACCUGGCCCACAAGGCCCCAUUGGGGUGCCAGGUGUUCAAGGGCCUCCUGGGAUUCCUGGGGUUGGAAAACCAGGUCAGGAUGGGAUCCCUGGCCAGCCAGGAUUUCCAGGUGGCAAAGGAGAGCAAGGGCUACCAGGCCUGCCGGGACCUCCAGGUCUUCCAGGGAUCGGGAAACCAGGCUUUCCAGGACCCAAAGGCGAGCGGGGGGCGGGAGGUAUUCCUGGGGCUCUUGGACCAAGAGGGGAGAAAGGACCAGUAGGUGCCCCUGGGAUAGGGGGUGCCCCAGGAGAACCAGGCCUGCCUGGAAUCCCAGGUCCUAUGGGCCCUCCAGGUGCUAUUGGUUUCCCUGGACCCAAAGGAGAAGGUGGGGUUGUAGGGCCACAGGGACCACCAGGUCCCAAAGGUGAGCCAGGGCUUCAGGGCUUCCCAGGAAAGCCAGGUUUCCUAGGUGAAGUGGGUCCCCCUGGCAUGAGAGGUUUGCCAGGUCCUAUCGGGCCCAAGGGCGAAGCUGGGCACAAAGGUUUGCCAGGGCUCCCUGGUGUUCCAGGGCUGCUUGGACCAAAGGGAGAACCAGGAAUCCCUGGAGAUCAGGGUCUACAGGGCCCUCCAGGUAUCCCAGGGAUUGCUGGCCCUAGUGGCCCCAUUGGCCCACCUGGGAUUCCAGGCCCUAAAGGAGAACCAGGCCUCCCAGGUCCCCCUGGGUUCCCUGGUGUAGGGAAGCCAGGAGUGGCAGGACUUCAUGGCCCCCCAGGGAAGCCUGGUGCUCUUGGUCCUCAAGGUCAGCCUGGCCUUCCAGGGCCCCCAGGUCCUCCAGGCCCCCCAGGUCCCCCAGCAGUGAUGCCUCCUACACCACCCCCCCAAGGAGAGUACCUGCCAGAUAUGGGGCUGGGAAUUGAUGGUGUGAAAACGCCCCACGCCUACGGGGCUAAGAAAGGCAAGAAUGGAGGGCCAGCCUACGAGAUGCCUGCCUUCACCGCCGAGCUGACUGCACCUUUCCCUCCGGUGGGGGCUCCAGUGAAGUUUGACAAACUGCUCUAUAACGGCAGACAGAACUACAACCCACAGACGGGCAUCUUCACCUGCGAGGUUCCUGGGGUCUACUAUUUUGCAUACCAUGUUCACUGCAAGGGGGGCAACGUGUGGGUUGCUCUGUUCAAGAACAACGAGCCCAUGAUGUACACGUAUGAUGAGUACAAAAAGGGUUUUCUGGACCAGGCAUCUGGUAGUGCCGUGCUGCUCCUCAGGCCCGGAGACCGGGUCUUCCUCCAGAUGCCCUCAGAACAGGCUGCGGGACUGUAUGCUGGCCAGUAUGUCCAUUCCUCCUUUUCAGGGUAUUUAUUGUAUCCCAUGUAAAAAAAAGACAAAAGAGAGAGAGAGAAGAAGAAAGAAAAGAAAAAAGAAAAGAAGGAAAAGAAAAAGAGAUUUAAUAGAAGAAAAUGACACACCAAAAAAUCCAAACGAAAAACAUAGUUGCUUCAAAGCAUUUAUAUAGUUGGAGAGUUAUAUUUAAGUGAAAAUUUGGACCAUCGUGUACAAAUAGAAAACUAAGAUGCAUGUUUACUAUUCUGCACAGCAGCUUGUAAUUGAAAGUGACGGAACAGAUUUAUGUGUUACGUACUGACACUCAUGUUGUACCCACUGGAAUCAUAUUAGUUAUUGUAUGUUAUAUGCUUCCACCAUAACCUGCUUAUUCAGAUCAGUGAAAAUAUUUCAGUAGGAAAGAUCAUAGCUAAUGAAAGUCACUCACUCAUAUUGUUUACUUUAAAGUAUUUAAAAAUGUCAGUGAUGACAAUUACAUACCGUAUUUACUUGCAUAAUUUCCUCUGUAUUUUGUGCAGACACUUUGCCGUUAAAUGGGGGCUGGAUAGAUAGUGUUACUGUCCCAGUGAAAGGGACCAUAAGGGUCAUGGGGAUCUUUUUUUUUUUUUUUUUCUUAAUUUAAGAGGGAUUUUGCUAUAGGGUGCGUGGGCUCUC